AUGGCCGCGACCCAGGCUGCUUCCUUCAACGAGAUUAUCAAAGCUAGUCGCCAGAAGAAGAAAAAUGAAGAUCUUGCGAACAAGAUCCUAGGCAAGAACAGGAGGGCCAGCGCGCCCGGCUCGGGGGCUGGAAAGGCGCAGAAUGCGACACCUGGCGGAAGCCUCGCAAGUCGGAUCGGUGUGACAAAGCGCUCCGCAUCCGCAAAUCUCGGGUCGAAGGCCAACAGUAAAGCUCCAUCUGCUGCCGCAGGGCGAAACACAGCAUCAAACCCGAAAUCUACACGUCGACGACGCCCUGACGAAGAUCGCCUCGUGUCGGCACUCAACCCCGAAAAUGGUCAGGCUACAGUACGCAACGGUGGUAGAGGGAUCAACAUCAAGGGCGCAAGCGCGGCACCCCCCGUUGUCAUCGGGAGCAAUUUCGCUCCCGGGACUACCGCAGCAGACAUCCAAUCGGCCCUCGAGCCCGUUUCUGGGAAAAUAGUGAGCUGCUGGAUCACUUCGCAAAAGCCGACGGUGUCGGCAGAAAUCACUUUCGCCGAGAAGUCUUCGGCUGAGAAGGCUGUAGCCAAUUUUCACAACCAAAGGGCCGACGGCAGGGUUCUUUCAUUUCAGCUCAGUUCUUCCGGCUCGGGCGCAAAAACAACUACAGGAUCUACCUUCGAUAACCAACGCGAGCAAGCAGAUCGUGAACGACGCUCACAACGGACAGCGGACCCCGCGGUUCAGGAUGGUAAAUUUGGCUUUAAUGAGCAAAAUAACCAACCAGUGGACUCCAGAAACACUGGCAGGGGCGGACGGAGAGGCAAUAGGGGCAGAAGGAACUUUGGCAGAAAUGACCGAAAUGGAAACCAGGGAAGCCAGGAAACCGGCCUUUACAGCGACGAGAUGAUGACGGAUGCGCCGCCUACAGGUCCCAGAAACAGGGGCAGCCGACGCCAAUGA